AUGGCCAACUCGCAAGCCACGAUGGUGUCCACCGUCUUGGAGAAGCACGGCUACCAGCUGAUCCGCCAGCUCGGCAAAGGGGCCUACGCCACGGUCUGGGAGGCCUACUUCAAGACGUGGCAGACGACCGUGGCCAUCAAGGUGCUGCAGAAGGAGAAGGCCGAGGGACGGUUCCUCACCAAGUUCCUGCCCCGCGAGAUCCAGGUCUGGAAGUCCCUCAAGCACCCGAACAUCAUCAACUUCUACCAGUCCAUCGAGACCACCAACCGGGUCUACAUCAUGCUGGAGCUGGCGCCGGGGGGCGAGGUCCUGGACACGAUCCGCUUGAAUGGGGCAUGCGAUGAGGAGAUGUCGGGCAAAUGGUUCGAGCAGCUGUGCCAGGGGAUGGCCUACAUCCACAGCAAGGGGAUGGUGCACAGGUGA